UGGACGACGCGUGGUGGCGGUGACCGGAGAAGAGAGAAUUGUUCACUACACACUACAAAGGAAUUGGACACUCCAACGCUUCCUCGUGUUGUUCGCAGGUUGUCCGGGACUCUGGAACUUUAAGGGGGAACAGAAAUGUCGAGGUUCCGAGCGCUAUGGCAAGCUUCCUUAAACGCGACAAAGAAAGCUCUGACAUGGAAUGUUGAGGAUCUGGUGCUUCCAACUGAGAGAUAUAUUUUCAAUUUCAACUCAAACGAAGAGCUGAAAAAGUGGCAUUUGUAUUCCGAUUCAGAAUAUGGAGGGUUGUCUUCAGCAUCUUUGGAGAUCACAGAUGCUGGAAAGGGACUAAGUGGAGUUUUCUCUGGCACCCUUUCGCUCGAUAUUGCAGAGGGUUCAAAAUGGAACAUGACUCGGGGUGGCUUCUGUGGAAUGAGGUCAAAGAAGUUUGAUGGCUUCAUUGAUUUGGAACCAUUCGAUACAAUAGCACUGAAGAUAAAAGGAGAUGGAAGAUCUUAUAUAUCUACUAUCUAUACGGAAAAUUGGGUUAAUUCACCCGGCCAACCAGAGGAUAAUUCGUGGCAAGCUUUUGUAUUUGUACCCAAAGACAACUGGUAUAUCACAAAGAUUCCUUUGGCUCAAUAUCUACCAACGUGGAGAGGGAAUGUUAUAGAUGCAAAGCUGGAAAUGAAUCCUUCUCGGGUUCUUGGAAUGUCUUUGUCAGUGAAUGCAGAAGGUGGAGUCCCCGGUGCCAGGUCCGGGCCAGGUGAUUUCAAAAUUGAGAUUGAUUGGAUCAAGGCCUUGAGGACACAAUGACUUGUAGGCUCUAGCCAAUUCUGAAGAGUUGAAACUUGGUUGUAUUAAAACCUUGAUUUUUAUGUCAUAAAUUCUUUGUUGUGUUCCCUUUUUCACCUACCACCAGAUGGAAAAUGUUGAGAUGCUCUGAGCCGUUGAGCGAUUUUGAGAGGGAAACUUAAGGGACAAGCUUUUCGGCAGCUUGAAGAAUACACAUCUAAAAUCAUGUCUGAAGUUUGAAUAUUGGAGAAGAAUAAACCCUUGUGUCAACCUUUUACAUGAGCAACAUAUGCCUCCUCCCACGAAAUAUUUUUUCGAUCUCAUCUUUUGGCAUCAGGACAUCAGAGUUUUGAUUCAUGUUUGUUUUUUUUAGUUAUUGGAAUACCAAAAAUUUAAUCCUAGCUAACACUCAUUACACUUU